AUGGGGGAGAAGAGUUUGAGUCCUCACUCCUAUUUCCUGAGAUGCACGCUGGCAGGCUGUCGGAAUCAGGAGUGGCUUACUGGGUGGAUAAUUGGUGCACAGAUCAGGAAGUGUGUUGGCUUUGAAAUGUCCGUCUUUCCUCAAAGUCUUGCCAUGAUUCACAAUAUCAAAAUGAUCAAUAACUGGAAACUGUUAUCUGGAAUCAAACUGGGAUAUGAAACCUAUGACACUUGCACAGAAGUCGUUUCACUGACAGCUGCUCUUACCUUUCUUUCUUUCUUAUGUUCUGAGCCAACUGCAUAUAUCCUAAAUGAAGUUUGCUGCCCUUCAUUGCCCAGUGACUUUUAUCAUGCUGUAGUAAUGGCCCAUCUGAUUCUGAAAUCUGGAUGAAACUGUAUUGGCAUCAUAACUACAGAUGAUGACUGUGGAUGCUUAACUUGCCACACUUUUACAAAUAGCCAUCAAAGUUGUCUAGCCUUCCUCUUAGAUAGCUCCCUAGAAGUGAGGAUUAAUCAGACAUCUGAGAAAAUCAUUGCAGAAUCCCAAGGCAAUGUCAUGGUCAUGUUUCUGAGGAAACUCAUGUGUCCAAUCCAGGAAGGAAGAAAUAAUUUUCACUUUGAUGCCCAUGGGGACUUGAAUACUGAGUAUGAUGCGUUCUGGAAAGAAAUCAAUGGCUAUUUCUCUUUUGCAAAUAUGGCUGAAUAUAAUCUAUAUAAUUACGUCUUCAUUGUCACAAAACAAGAAAGAAAAGAUGAACUCAAGAAUCUUAAGCGAAUUCAAUAGGAGUGCUCCUAGGAAUGAAAUCCUGGACAAAUGAAGACAACUACAAGAAGUCAACACAGCUGUUGCUAUGAAUAUCAGAAUUGUCCUGAAAACCACCACAGGAACCAGACAGAUACAGAUCACGGCCUUUUAUGCAACAACAAAGUUCACCGGGCCUCUGUAAGCAGCACUAAGUGCUUUGAGAUGGAAGUGGAGUGACUUCUUGCUAUCUUGCUCCUGACCCUCUCCCUACUAGAAACCCUGUUUGUUCUGGCCAUUGACCAUCUGAACACACCUGUCAUGACAUCAUCUGGAGAGCUGAUGGUGUGUUCUGUGAUCUUCCUUUGUCAUUGGUUCAACUUUGCCAGCACAGGCUUUUACAUUGGAGAACCACCAGACUCAACAUGUAGAAACAGACAAGUGAGUUUUACUCUCUGUGUCUCCUGCAUUUUGUUGAAGUCAUUGAAAAUUGUACUAGCCUUCAGCAUCAAUGCCACAUUGCAGAAUUUCCUGAAGGACCCCUGUAAACCUAUCCUCUUUGUCCGCAUUUGCAUCAGCAUACAGGGUAUCACUUGCACAUUCUGGCUGGUCUUCACAGCACCUGCUAUGGAGGAGGAUGUCUCCUUGCCCAGAGUCAUUAUCCAGGUAUGUGAAGAGCGAUUCACCCUUGUUGGCACCAUGGUGGGCUAUAUUGCCAUCCUUGCCUUCAUUUGCUUCAUAUUUGCAUUCAAAGAAAGGAAAUUAACUGAAACUUAUAAUGAAGCCAAAUUCAUAACAUUUGGGAUGCUCAUUUACUUCAUUGCUUCAAUCAUAUUCAUUCCUGUCGGUGCUACCACAUUUGGCAAAUAUUUGCCAACUCUGGAGGUUAUUAUUAUUUUAAUGCCUAACUAUGGGAUCCUGUGUUCUAUGUUCUUUCCCAAAUGUGUUAUUUGUAAGCAAAAGACUAAUACAUAGUCUGCCUUUGUCAAGAUCAUUUAUAGUUAUUCUGCUCAUAAUGCAGUAAGCCUUGCCAAAAGUCACCUUUCACUGGACUUCACUAACAGCAAUAUCACAAAGACCAGCCCCGGGUCUAGGGGCAAGUCAGCAGGCUGGCAGAAAAGCAAAAAGCUUCAGGCACAAGGUGCAUAGAAAAACAAGGAAAGUGUUGCAACUGUACCUAAAAGAUUGCCUUGAAAAAUAAUUUCAAGUUUAUUAAGAAUCACAUUCCAGAAUAAAAUACCUUUGUGUCUAAAAUGUGUAUGGACAUUCCCAGCAAAUAGGUCAAAUGUAUUUCUUCCUGUCAAACCACAUUUAUAA